CACUGUAUGCCCGCGCGAGCACCUCCGACUCCGAUGCCGCCCCUGCAUCAUCAGCCCUAUCAGCGGAAGCAAAAGUCCGAGGCACGUCCGACUGCAGUCGGAACGCUGAUACUGCUGCUCCGAGUCUGCCUCCGAUGGCAGACGGGGAUGGUAAAGACGGUACCACCGCUCCUUCACUUCAUGCUUCCUCCACUCCACAACAACACCUAAACUCCACCAUAAUGCCAAAUGAUAAUAACGAGCAGUCGGCUCUGUUGACCCUGCCCUCGGAGAUCCUGAUCCACAUCUUCGAUCUCAUCGACGAGAGAAACACUCUACUCAAUGCCAGCAACACGUGCACCCGCCUGCGCAAGUUCGCCCAAGAACACAUCUAUCGCGACGUCCUGAUCCGCACCGGCCAGGCCGCGCGCCGCAUGAACAGAGACCUAGCCAACAACCCGAUCCGGACUCGAAACAUCCGCCGUCUAGCCAUCCGCUACCUGGCCGAAGACCAGGACGGAAUCGAAGACAUCAAUCCCAGGAUCCGAGAAAUGAAGCAUCUCCGCCAUCUCUUCAUCGAGACGCCCUGCUGCAACGACAUCCAGUGGCGGCCCCAUCUCGAGGGCCAGCGCGAGUGGGCCGAGAAGGGCCGCAUCGACGUCACGGAUCUCUUCCGCAAUGCCACUCUUCUCCGCGAUCCCGCACAUCGAAGCCUCGCAUUCCUCAAGUCCUUCACAUACCACUCCCACGGCCUCGGCAACGCCAAAUACGCCUUCCCAGACCACUCCGUCUUCCACCACCCCACCCUCGAAACCAUCAAACUCUCCUGCCUCGACUUCACCCCAGACCCAUCAACAACCACCACAACAACCCCCAACCACACCACCUCCCUCCGCACCCUCAUCUUCGACGAAUGCAACAUCUCGGCCCCAGCCCUCCUCACCACCCUCCGCCUCCCCCGCGCCCUCCAAACCCUCACCCUCGGCGAACGCAAACACCACUUCCACGACUCCCCGAUCCCCCUCCUCGCAAGCUCCCUCUCCACCCUCCUCGCCGCCCUCGCCCUCCAAUCCCACGCCCUCACCUCCCUCUCCCACGACGGCGGCAGCCCCCACAUCUUCGACUCCGCCGCCACCCCCUCCUCCUUCCGCAAUGCCCUCCCGUCCCUCCACACCCUCGUCAUCGGCCCCGCAUCCUUCCUCCACCGCUACCUCCAGGCCGAAGCCCACCCGCCCCGUCUCCGCGCCCUCGCCCUCUCCGGCAUCCAGACGCACCACCUCGAAUACCUAGAGCAGAUCCUCGAGCGCUACCUCGCGACCUGGCUUCCUGCGCCCCGUUUCGGCUCCGAUACGGCCAUGCCCACCCCCAUGCCCUACGCCCUAGACAUCCACAUGCGGCCCACCAAGGAUGUGGACACCAUCGAGGAUGCCGUGGCCUUGCUCUGGCGCUCGCCCAGUCGCUGUCUCGGCACGCGCUCGUUUGGCGAGAGUAUGGCGCGGCGCGGGUGCAGGGUGCGCGUGUGGGCGAGCUUGUGGGGGAAUUUCAUUCCGCCGUAUAUGUAUGGUGAGCAGGAGCCUGUGGAGGUGGUGGCGUAUGAUAGUAUGGCGGCGAGUGCGCGGUCGGGCGUGGGCGUGGGGGAGGAGGACGUAGUGGAGAUGGAGGAGAGGGAGAGGGAGAGGGAGAGUAAUGGUAGUAAUGGUAGUGGUGGUGGUGGUGGGGAGGAAGGUCGCUGGCGGAUGUAAACGUGCGCGUCCGCCUGUAUAUCAUUCAUGACGGGGUCGUGUAAUAUAAAGUU